AUGGCUCUGCCUAUGACGACCGAAUUUAAGGAUGACCUCACAAAGGUCAAAAGACGACGGGAUUGGCGACGAGAGCAGUGGAUUUGCAAGGGACAUGCUAAAGCGAAGCACGUUUUAGAAGAAUGUUGGAGCCGUCGAGAGUCAGGAGUGGCCCGGAGCGAAGAUCGGCAGACGGCGGGGUCGUUGGCGACGGGGGCGAUGGAUGUGGAGGGGGCGGCGGCGUACCCGUCUGCCCGUGCGCCCGCCCUGCUCUUCGGCGGGCUUGGCGGCCUAUUAAUACGGCGCACCGAGCGCCCAUUGCUUGAGUUGUUAAUGCGUGCGAUUAGUUCCCCUCGUAAAGGCCGGCCGCCCCGCCCCGCCCCGCCCGCGUGCCUGCGGCCCCCGCUGCUCUCGAGCAUGGCCCGCCGUGCGCUGUACGAGAUCAACGACGACCCCAAACGGAAGGAGUUCCUCGACGACCUCUUCAGCUACAUGCAGAAACGUGGUACACCCAUCAACAGACUGCCCAUCAUGGCGAAGUCGGUGCUCGACCUUUACGAACUGUACAACCUGGUGAUCGCUCGCGGGGGCCUGGUGGACGUGAUCAACAAGAAGCUGUGGCAGGAGAUCAUCAAGGGUCUCCACCUGCCGUCCUCCAUCACGUCCGCCGCCUUCACGCUGCGAACGCAAUACAUGAAGUACCUGUAUCCGUACGAGUGUGAGAAGCGGCGCUUGAGCACGCCGGCAGAGCUCCAGGCGGCGAUCGACGGCAACAGGCGCGAGGGACGACGAAGCAGUUACGGCACCUACAGCGAGAUGGUGCAACGCUCGCCCGUAGUAAGCCUGUCCAACAGCCAACAGAUGUCGCCGCUCAGCUUGGUGACGAGUCGACCUGCUGUCAACGGCAACUCGAACCAUCACGGACAUCACCCCUAUGGACGUGAUGUGCAGCACCAUCCACCACCGCACCACCCGGCGCACCCACCCGCUCACGCACCACUUGGCCCUGGGUGGCCGCGCAUUACAGGCGCCAUGCCCAGCCUGGCGCCGCCGGACCUGGAGGCGCGCAUGGUGGAGUACGUGAAGCUGCUGAACAAGGAGCUGCGCGCGUCGCCCAGCACGCCCCCGCACAUGGUGAAGGAGGCGCUCAACCUGGACGUGCGGGAGCGCGAGCGCGACCGCGAGCGCGAGCGCGACAGGGAGGUGCGCGUGGACGUGAAGCGAGAGGCCGAAGAGCCGCUGCUCGCCACCCCCGCCAAGCGCCCCCUGCAUGACGAGGACGGCGGCAAGCCGGCCAACACGCACAUCAAGAUCGCCAGCCGC